GCCCGAGAAAGUUUUAUCGAUAAAGCUUAGCUCUUCGGCACGUCAUCCCACUUCCAGAUGCAACCACCGAUCUUCCGACCCUGGACAUUCGAUGACAGCUUAUCUUUACCUCGACGCCUGAUUAUAGAGCCUAUUCACAGGCCUUGAAGAGCCCACAACCAAUGGUUCUGCAACGAUGAGCCACCAACGAUACCCGUCUAUAGAUCCGGUCAAGGAACCGCAUUCCGUGUCAUUGAAAGUCUUGCGACUGUCCAGACCAUCUCUCGUGACCCAACACGUACUUCCGAAUCCCACCUGGCUAUCGGGCACUCCCGCACAGCCCAUUGCGGCAUCCCUCGCCUACCAAUCUACCGGCGACACAAAUCCAGAUCCCUUCGUCCUCACGCCCAUCCUCAACCUCCCGCCCUCAUUUGGCUCUGCCUACGUCGGCGAAACAUUCAGCUGUACCCUUUGCGCAAACCAUGAUGUACCCGAAACGACGCCCUUCAUGUCCAUCUCCCCAGGUGGUAGCGGUGCUCUGCCUGCCGCCGCCGCCCAACCGCCUCCCGUCUCCCUAGCAGCAGCAUCAGCAGCCGGCAAGAAGAAGUUCACCCGCGAUGUGCGGAUAGAAGCCGAGAUGAAGACACCUGGCUCGGCGGUGGUGCAGAAGCUCGACUUAGGCCCAGGCGUCGAUGAUGGCAAGGGCAUCGACCUGGAGGCCGGGAAGACAUUACAAAAAAUUGUUAACUUCGACCUCAAGGAAGAGGGCAACCAUGUGCUGGCGGUGACGGUUAGCUACUACGAAGCGACGGAGACGAGCGGGCGCUCGCGCACCUUCCGGAAGCUGUACCAAUUCAUCUGCAAAGGGAGCCUGAUUGUGCGGACCAAAGUCGGGUCACUGCCAUACCUCCCCCAGACUGAUGACAAGGAAAUCGAUGCUGCAAAGCCGCCACUGCCGAGGAGGUGGGUCAUGGAGGCGCAGCUGGAGAACUGUAGUGAAGAAGUCAUGCAGUUGAACCGCGUGGGGCUGGAUUUGGAGCAGGGGCUUCAGUAUAGGGAUGCAAAUUGGGUGGUCACGGGGAGCAAGAAACCUGUUUUGCAUCCGGGCGAGGUGGAGCAGGUUUUCUUUGUGGUUCAGGAGAGCGGUAAGGAAGAGGUGGUGGAAGAGAAGGAUGGGAGGAUUGUGUUUGGUAAGAUGGGAAUUGGUUGGAGGACGGAGAUGGGCAAUCAUGGGUUCUUGUCUACGGGGAAGCUGGGAACUAGGCCAUUGAGGUGACGGAUUCAAUAUGGACGAUGAACACUACAUGCUACUUGUGUUCACCAUUGGAGACUUGGGCAUUGUUGUCACAUACUGUGCGCGUGUGCCUAGGAGAAGCUGAAGGGGAUAUGCUAUCUAGGCCCGGCAUCAUAACAAAGCAUGCUGACUUCUGUCUCUGAAGAGACUGAAAAAGUGGGCUUCGAUGUUCUAUAUAACCAACCACGAAAUUAUGUGGUUCAUUACGAACUGACGACUUUUACGAAAUGAAGACUCUACCAACCGCGUGUCCAAAAAGCGAGACGCGCAUUGUUAAAUAGCCAAGACGUCGCGAACUUCGGCCAGUCCGAGACUUUAUUACAUCACAGUGUCUUUUUGUCCGAGCAUCAGUUAGGCUUUAAAACGGGUCCUUCAGAAGACGUACCAGAAGGAAGAUG